AUGGUAAAGCCAUCACCAGGCCACGUUGUCCUAUGUCAAGCGCAAUGUAUUCGCGCCCGGCCCCGCACAGGGACUUAUGGCCACACCACCCGCCCUGCGUGCCUGACCCCGCCACCUCCUCUCAUUUCGUUGCUGGAAGUCGCGGCACGUUCCACUGCCGCAAUCCUGCUGACCGCCACUCUAGUCCUGUCCGCCACCUCGGGGCUGCCCGCUGAUGCAGCUGCAGUGGCCGCCGCGCCGCCUCCAUCGGCAGGUAUCCUAGGACCGUUGCCGCCGCAGCAGCCGCCCCCAACCGUACCCGUUGGCAGUGCUGGUGUUGCAGCUCAGCCAAGCGCUAUAUCCCCCCCUGACACCCUGGUUGCACCCACCAUUCGGUUCACUGGCCUCGAGGCCCUGGAAUCGCUCCCGCCCCUGCCCACAGAGUUCCCUCCACUGCCUGAGCUCCAAUUGCCGUCGUACACCACGGCUAAACUGCGGAAUGGGCUGCGUGUGUUUCUGCUUCGGGAUGAGGAGGUGCCCUUGGUAAGAGCCACGUUGCUCAUGCGCGGAGGUCAGUACGGCAGCCCGCCAGGCAAGGUGGGGGUUGCAACGCUGACGGCCUAUGUGCAGCGGGCAGGCGGCAGCGUGGCACACCCCGCUCCCUCCCUUGACUAUCGCCUGGAGGAGCUGGCUGCCAGUAUUGAGAUGGGCGCUGGGCCCCAGGCGGUCAGUGCGGACAUGCAGUGUCUGGCUGAGGACGUGGAGGAGGUUAUGGGGCUUAUGGCUGAGGUGGUCAGGACACCAGCCCUUCCCGGCGAUAAGCUGGCGCUAUACCAGGCUCAGAUACUCAACGCCCUGGAGCAUCAGAACGACUCCCCAGCAGCCAUCGGGCGCCGGAAGAUUACCAAGCUGCUGUACGGUCCGGACUCCAUCUAUGCGCGCACCCCUACCAAGGCAGGCGUGUCCUCCAUCUCGCCUGACGACCUGCGCGCCUACGUGGCCCGCUGGGAGCGCCCGGAUGCGGCGGUGCUGGGUGUGGUGGGUGCCUUCGAACCGCGUGAAAUGCUGGCGCUGUUGGACCGGGAGUUCGGUGACUGGGCGCCCGCGCUGGGCCAGCCGGAUGAGCCGCCGGCGGUGCCCCGCGGUGCACCGCCAGCCGUACCUGCCCUGAACUCUACGCCUGCCGCAGCCGCAGCCGCAGCCGCAACUACCGCCUCGUCAGCACAGCCCGAGUCAUCCCCACCUAUUUCCUCGUUCGCCCCAGCUGCGGCCCCUCCCACAUCCACCUUUUUGUCGGAGGGGUCUAAGGGAGCAACACCGGCAACGACGGCGGCGCCAUCGGGUCGGCGGCCGGUGGUGUACCUGGUGGACCGACCGGGUCUUACGCAGGCGUACGUGUUGACCGCUGAACCGGGCAUAUCUCUUUCCGACCCAGACCUAUUCGCACUGGAUGUGUUGGGCGGCAUCUUCAACUCUUUCGGGGGCCAGCUGUUCGACACACUGCGGAGCCGGGAGGGGCUGGCUUACUCGGUGUCGGGCGGCUGGGACAGCCCCGCCUAUCACCAGGGUCUGUUCGUGGCAGGCGGCCAGACCUCCUCCCCGGGCGAGUUCCUCAGAGCGCUCCGACAGAUACUUGGCCGAGCCGCUACGGAGGCACCCACUGCCCAGGAGCUGGAGGCCGCCAAGGCUGAGACCCUCAAUUCAUUCGUCUUCAACUUUGCAUCCACUGCCAGCCAGCUGCAGCGUAUUCUUGUGUACGAACUGCUCGGCCUGCCACAGAAUUUUUUGUUCAAGUACAAACAGGGCAUCGAAGGGGUGGAGCUUGAGAGCGUGGCGAGGGCGGCUGCAGCGCACCUGCACCCUGAGCGGCAGGCGGUGGUGGUGGUCGGGGACCGGGAGGUUGCCCAGCUGAGUCUGGAGGUGGCGGGCUUCGAGGUGCUGCCCUUGAGGCUGGACGACUGAGCUACAGGGGCGCGAGAAGUAGAGGCUGGCUGAUGGAAGGGCUGGCUGACUGCAUGGAUGGCCAUGCGGCGCGGGCUGGACAGCAGGCGGCCGAGGGGCGGGGGUUGCUCGGGGAGGGCCCGCCGCUGCUCACAGUGGGCUAGUGGGCUAGGAGGACACACAACACAGCGCGCUGGGCGGGUGAUGGAUUAACGCGGUCAUGAUGGGGUCGCUGCAUGGGGUCGCUUCAAGCACUGUGUUGCAAUAUAACGUCAACGUGAGCCCAGCCAUAUUGAAAAGUUUCUGGUGCGGUGAGGCAAUGGCCUUCAUUUCGCUGGUUGAAGUGUGGUGUGUGUGUACCCAGGGAGCCUGCAACAGUAGAUGUUUGCAGAGCUUGGCGAGAAUGCGGUGUUUACAGCAGUUUGCAGCGGCCAGGGAAGGUUAGAGCCAGUGGUAGAGACAGCUAAGCUGUGUGUGAGUGUGUGUGAGUGUACUGGAUGGUACCAGCUUCACCAGCUGUUCAUCGGUGCCGGCUGCUCUGCGCGUCCUGCAACUAAGUACUCCACUGUUACUGAACAAACGGUUC